CCGUCGUGUGAACGGUGAACGGCUGGCCGCUUGCUGCUCUCUGUCUACGGGAUAAGGAAAUCCCAUUGAUCAGAUCAGGCGAGUGGAGUGCUGUGGACGUCCUCAGGAGUGGACCGAAUCCUCGUUGGAGGUGCAAGAGUUGCUCAACGGUGUACACGGGCGCGCCUAGGAGAAUUGCGCAGCAUAUCCUCGGGGUCGGCGGCGUCGGGCAGAUCAGGCCUUGCCCACGGCCUCUCAAGGAGUACGUGACGCUCAUGGCGGACCUCAUGGCGCUCGACAAGCAGAGUGGCCGGCUGGUUCGGAAGACGAGGUUGAGGGGCAAGGACGGUACCAGCAGCAGCAGCAGCAGCAGCAGGGGGAGCAGCAGCAGCCACAACCAGCAACGUGCGAGAAACGGGGUGCGUCUGUAUUGGGGGGAGGCGGGCACACGCCCUGGGGGCUUGCCGUCCAACGCGUUUCGAUUUUGUUUUGUGUGUGUGGGGGGGUGGUAUCAACAGCUGGCUCGUUUUCACCUACUCGGCACGUAGCCUAGGCAACGGUCACGUGAUUCACCUUUAUGCCCUCUGUCCAUCUUCAACUGAAAGAAGUUCCCGGUUAGUGGGUGGCACGCACACGUCGUGAGGAUUUCUUCAGGAUGGUUGCGCAGAUCUAUUUUUUCUCAUUCUGCUUAAACACCAGAAAGUUGUGGUAUGGUCUGUAGUACGAUUUGUUUGUGUUUUCCCUCUUCAGCAGCGAAGAUUCUGAUACCCUUUUCGUCACUUUUUUUUUAUUUGGACUGCUAUGAGGAGAAACGUCCGAAAACCAAAAGACGUGCUCAAGAUUCUUUGCCAUGGCAUGUGUAGCAAGAGUUUCAUGCGGAGUAACAUGGGACCGACGGUAGGUGCCUGUACACGUUCUUGUUUCUUUUGCGUUCGAAACAGGCGUUGCUGGUUGCGAUUUUCACUCGGAAAAAGAGACAAGAGCCGUGCACGAUGCAUAGGACCUGGCUGGCAGCAUGUCCGAAAAACGUCGGUCCGAUGCAGCAUGCGUUGCUACGAAAGCUUGACAGCUGACUGUGUGACGGAUGGAUGCGUCAUGUAUAAAUUAAUUGAUUGAAUUUUGGUGUUGGGGGGGUAUAACAGGUGUUUGGUGCUGUGCUGUACUAUACAUUCAAUCAAAUACAAUCGUUGGUUUUUGGCACAAAGAGUUUUUCUACUAUCGUCAAAUGGCCGCAUUUCGUGUUUGUCUGCCCGUGUGAUGAUGACUGCUAGGAUUUAUUUACCAUUUGAUGUGUGGUCUUGUCACUCGGCUAAAAAUUGGUAAUAUUUUGAGUAUCAUUAGCCUUUUGUAGGAGCUGGAUGGCGAAAGACGGGAGGUGGCGCUAUCCAGGGGGGAAAGUGAUCAAAUCCAUUCAUGGUGCGCGGCAGGACUACUAUUUCCGGC